AUGCAACGAGCAAAGUCUGCGGUGGAUUUUUCCAGCCUGCUGAACCCGGCAGAAGUGGACAGGGAACAGCAGCACCUAGUUCCUUCUCAGCUCUCGCCCGACGCCGAGAUGGCGACCGUCGGCCUCAUCCGCCCUAAUGGGCCGUUGCCUGUGGGUGCACCGCCCGCCGAGCAGCCGACCGAACUCCCCCGGCCCUACAAGUGCACGAUGUGUGACAAGGCGUUCCACCGCCUCGAGCACCAAACCCGCCAUAUCCGCACUCACACCGGCGAGAAGCCACAUGCCUGCCAGUUUCCCGGCUGCAGUAAGCGGUUUUCCCGGUCCGACGAGUUGACUCGGCACUCGAGGAUACACAACAACCCCAACUCGAGGAGGGGGAACAAGGGCCACCAUCAACACGCCGCGAUGGUGCACAGGAUGCAAGCCGACAUUAUGCCUCCCCCCCCUGGGCCCAAGAUGAUACGCUCGGCACCCCCGACCGCUCUCUCCUCGCCCAAUGUUUCGCCUCCCCACUACAGCUCCUACGCCAUGAACCUCCCGCCGCCGAUGAGCCCGUACAGCCGUGGUGCCCCAAGCAGCCAGAGCGGCCCUGACAUGGCCAUGCUUGCCCGGGCCGCCGGUCAGCUCGAGAGGGACAACGGCUUGAGCCAGCACCACUACCCACCCUCGAGGCAACAUCCCUACUACGGCGGGAACCUGCACUCGGCACGCAACCCGCUCCCGGGCCUCAGCGCGUACCACAUGUCGCGAUCGCACUCUCACGAUGAUCACGAUGACCACUAUGCACAGGCCUACCGGCAACCAAAACGGUCGCGGCCUAACUCGCCCAAUUCGACCGCUCCUUCGUCUCCCACAUUCUCGGCUAACUCGUUGUCUCCGACGCCCGAUCACACCCCGCUCGCUACACCGGCUCAUUCCCCGCGCUUGCGGCCGUAUAGCGGCGUUGAGCUCCCUCCUUUCCGCAACCUGAGCCUCCACCACGCUCCGGCGCUGGCUCCCCUUGAGCCGGCUCCGGAAGGCCUUAACCCUACCCCUCAGUCAACGCCUACGCCGAGGAGUACGGGCAUGUCUCUCUCUGACAUUAUGAGUCGGCCGGACGGUUCUCAACGGAAACUCCCUGUCCCCAAGGUCGCAGUUCACGAUCUGCUGAGCCCGGCUGACGGGUUUUCCGCGAGUGGCAGGAGUUCGUCCUCCAACAGUCUCUCGGGGGUCGAUCUGUAUGACAGGUUGUAA